UCUACCUUCUGUUACCGAGGAGGAGGUUGGACCUGCUGCUUCGAUCCUGUGAUAGUAGAGGGUUUUGAGAAAUGUCACAGUGAGGUCUGCUCUGCUGCAUCUUCUGGAGGCCGACAUUACUACUCUACUCUUCCUCCGAACAUCUGUAAAGGAGUUUUUUUUUUUUGUGUGUGUGCAGCUUCAUCUAUAACUGGACAACAUGGCAGACAAAGACACUGUAGAGAAGUUCCUUGACAACAACCCACAGGUCGCUAAGGAGUACUUUGAGAAGAAAGUCAAGGCAGAAAUGAUCACUGCUGCCUUCAACAACCAGGUCCAGGUCAAAGAACCGACCUCUUACAAGGAUGUCUCCACCAUCCAGGAGGCUGAGUUCAUAUUCGAACUCUUAAAGGAGCUGCAAAGCGCCAACCCGAUGGAAAAAGCCCUUCACAAAGUUCUCCAGAGGAUUGCUCUACUGAUCCAGGCUGAUCGUGUUAGCUACUUUGGCUACAGGGCUCGUAAUGGAGUACCUGAGCUGUCCACCGUCCUUUUCGAUGUGACGCACAAUUCUCCAUACGAGAGAAAUUUUGUGAACCCAAAUGUAGAGAUUGUUUUUCCCACCGACAUGGGGAUUGUCGGCUGGACGGCACAGUCCAAGAAGCCGCAGAACAUUGCUGAUGUUAAGAAGGACUCUCAUUUCAGUGACUUUGUGGAUAAACAAACCAAAUACACCACCAAAUGCAUGAUGACCACACCAAUUAUGUAUGGACAGGAACCCAUUGGUGUGGUCAUGGCGCUCAACAAACAAGGUGCAGACCAAUUUUCAAAGAGUGACCAGGAGCUCUUCAAUAAAUACGUGAGCUUUGCUUCUGUGGUCACUCUCCAAGCCCACACUGCUUUGAUGUGGGAUGUGGAAUCCAGGAGAAGCCAGGUUCUGCUGUGGUCAGCCAGCAAAGUUUUUGAAGAGUUGACAGAUAUUGAGAGGCAGUUUCACAAAGCUUUAUACACAGUGAGGACUUACAUCAAGUGUGAGAGAUACUCCGUGGGGCUCCUGGACAUGACCAAAGAAAAGGAAUUCUUUGACGAGUGGUCAAUCAAACUAGGCGACCAGGAGCCGUACAAAGGCCCCAAGACACCUGACGGCAGAGAAAUCAGCUUCUACAAGAUUAUUGACUACUUGCUUGAAGACAAAGAGGAGAUCAAAGUUAUCCCCGGCCCCCCUGCUGAUCACUGGGCUCUGGUCAGCGGUCUCCCAGCAUACGUAGCUGAGAAUGGAUUUAUCUGCAACAUGAUGAAUGCUGCGGGGGACGACUACUUCCAGUUCCAGAAAGAAGCAGUGGAUGAGUCCGGAUGGACGAUUAAGAACGUCCUGUCGCUCCCUAUCGUCAACAAGAAGGAGGAAAUUGUUGGUGUUGCCACUUUCUUCAACAGACACGACGGCAAACCAUUCGAUGAGAAUGAUGAACAAAUCACAGAAGCUCUGACCCAGUUUCUCGGCUGGUCCACUCUGAACAGCGACACGUACGACAAACUGAACAGGACAGAGUGGAGUAAAGACAUUGCCCAGGAAGUACUCAUGUACCAGACAAAGGCCACACCGAAUGAUGUGCAGACCAUCCUGAACACUCAAGAAAAGUUUGGCUCUGCACCAGAAGACUGUGACCAGAAGGAGAUGUACAAACUGCUGAGAACCACCAUCCCUGAAGCCAAGACCGUGGAGCUGAUCGAGUUCCGCUUCAGCGACUUUCCCUUGUCAGAGUUGGAGCUCAUCAAGUGUGGCAUCCGCUGCUUCUUCGAGCUGGGGGUGGUGGAGAAGUUUAAAGUCCCAGCUGAGAUCCUGACACGAUGGAUGUACACCGUUCGUAAAGGAUACCGUGACAUCACCUACCACAACUGGAGGCAUGGCUUCAAUGUUGGACAAACCAUGUUCACCCUGCUGCUUACAGGUAAACUGAAGAAGUAUUACUCUGAUCUUGAGGCCUUUGCCAUGGUGGCCGCUGGAUUCUGCCAUGAUAUUGACCACAGAGGAACCAACAAUCUCUACCAGACGAAGAGUUUAUCUCCUCUGGCAAAACUGCACAGCUCCUCGAUUAUGGAGCGUCACCAUCUCGAGUACAGUAAGACUCUGAUGGAGAAUGAGGACCUGAAUAUCUUCCAAAACCUUCAGAAGCGUCAGUUUGAGACCGUGCAGCAUCUGUUUGAAGUUUGCAUCAUCUCCACCGAUCUCGCCCUCUACUUCAAGAAGAGAACGAUGUUCCAAAAAAUUGUGGAAAGUGUUGAAGGGAUUCCAGAAGAGAAAGAGAAAAUCAGCUACGUGUCGAACAAUGCAACUAGGAAGGAAAUUAUCAUGGCAAUGAUGAUGACGGCUUGUGAUCUGUCGGCCAUUACAAAACCGUGGGAGGUUCAGAGCAAGGUCGCUCUGAUGGUGGCAGCCGAAUUUUGGGAGCAGGGAGACCUGGAGAGGACAGUCCUGGACCAGCAGCCUAUUCCAAUGAUGGAUAGGAAUCACGCUGCUGAGCUGCCUAAGAUGCAGUGUGGUUUCAUUGACUUUGUCUGCUCCUUUAUAUACAAGGAGUUUUCUCGCUUCCACACAGAGAUCACCCCCAUGUUCGACGGGCUAAACUUCAACAGGGGAGAGUGGAAAGCUCUCGCAGACGUCCAUGCGGCCAAGAUGCAGGCUAUCGAAGACGAGAAAAAAAAACUGGAAGGUGGAGGUGAAUCAGGUCAAGAUGGGAAAUCAAAGACAUGUGUUGUCUGCUAAACUUGGACGGUCCGAGCACUUAUGAAAGGGUUGUUUGGAUGUGUAUUUGUAUGGAGUGUGUAUGUGCAUGAGCAUGUGUUCACAAAUGAGGGAGUUCAAAUGUGCAAAAAUACCAAAAUGAUUUUUCUAUUAUGGAUCUUGUAUCCCCUGUUACAGAAGGUAAUUGUAAUCUGCACCAGUCCAAAUACUCUGGAAACAUACAUUUAACAUUUAACUUGUAUAUACUUAAAGAAUUAAUUAAAAGAGUAUAUGUGUAUUAUAUUAUAAAUAUUUUUACUGAACAUAAUUAAAGGGUCUUUAGCUCUCUUUCUUUGGUUUUGGACAUGUGAAUAGAGAAUUUAAACUGCAAAUAAGAUGUGCAGUCAGAGCAAUUCAAUCUGAAUAUUUUUGGAAUAUAAUCUAAAAAUAAAAAGCUCCUACUUUCUUGGAAAUGGCGUUAUUAGCUAAGUCAACAGUUCCUUUUUAUUGUAAUUGCAAGGUGUUUAUUUGAAACAUAUGUCUCUGGCAAAUGGAUGAGAGAUGUAAGAAGAUUUGACUGAAUUGGAUUUGGUUAUAAUCCACCUGGGCCCCCCAGGCUUUCUUGUUAAGUCCUCCGCUUACAUAAAGUAAAAAUACUUGCGUCCUGCAUAAGUCACAGUGUGAAGAGUGCAUGUGACAUUAACAGACCAGGAAAGUGUCAAGUGGUAACAGAGCAGAAAUCACAGUCGACCCACAAAGAGUGCAUCAUGGGAGUGUCAAACAACAUAAUAUUAAAAUGGUAUGUUGGGAUUUUUUUUUUUUUUUUUUUAGGAGCUGAAAUGUUAAGAUUCAUUGUCAUGUCUCAAGAAGAGCUUAUGAAAUGGGUAGCAUUUAGCAGAACAAUGUCAGACUUUGUUCUAUUCUUUUGACAAACUGUUUCUGUAAUUUUAACAGAACGUUGCAUCUCUGGGAAUGAUAGCUUUGCAAAGAAAUGUACCCCUAUCAAACAUGUAUAGAUUUUAAAGCACAAUUGUACGUGCAAUAUUAUCAUGUAUAAGUUGUGAAAAUGUCAAUAAAGUUUAUUUUCCAAA